GAGUCGCGCAGCUCGAGGAAUUGCCUCAGAAGGCAAGAUGGAGACCCAGCCUGCAGCGAGACGCUCCUCCCAGCAUUCCUAGCGGCCGGCCCGAAGCCGAGGCGGAGGGAUGGGGAUCCGGCGGGGCCCGGCGAGCUGCCGGGGCUGAGGCGCAGCCACGGGCCUGGUCGUCGGGCGCUCGCCGAGAGCCGAGAUGGAGACGUGGCGCUGUGUGAGGAGGGGCUACGGCCGCUGCGUGGCGGGGCGCGGCCGGUACUCCAUGUUUCCCUAUCCUCUGAAGAGUUUGGGGCAAGACUGGACCACACCACGGGCGGAACUGCAGAGGUAUUGCUGGAACAGACACAUUUCCAGUUGUCUGAGGUGGCCAGGACAUUACUCACGUGCACCUUACCCAUACUUCAGUAGCAGGCAGUUCUCACUGAACUGUAGAGCACCCCUUCUGUUUGACUCUGGAACUCCCUUUCAGUACUAUAAUUGGAGAUCUGACCAUCUGAGCAACACAGCCUUCAUCCAUCUCUCUAGUCACGUCAUGAAUUCUGACAGAGAUGAGCCCUCAUCUAAAAGAAAAAAACACCAAGGAACUAUAAAAAGGAAUUGGGAGUAUUUAUAUGGCCAUAAUAAAGAAAAAACGAAGGACCUAGAAGACAAAACUGUUCACUCCAUGUGUGAGGACAGUGAAGAGAAGUUUGACUUUUCAGUGAUGUCUUACAAUAUACUCUCCCAAGAUUUAUUGGAGGACAACUCGCACCUCUACAGACAUUGCCAGCGUCCAGUGUUACACUGGAGUUUUCGGUUUCCCAAUAUUCUCAAAGAAAUCAAACAUUUCGAUGCAGAUGUGCUUUGUCUACAGGAAGUUCAAGAAGAUCAUUAUGGAACAGAGAUCAGGCCAAGUCUGGAAUCACUAGGUUAUCACUGUGAAUAUAAGAUGAAGACAGGAAGUAAACCUGAUGGCUGUGCCAUCUGCUUCAAACACUCCAAAUUUUCACUCUUAUCUGUGAACCCAGUGGAGUUCUGCCGCCGUGAUAUUCCUCUGUUGGACAGAGACAACAUUGGAUUAGUUUUACUCCUGCAGCCCAAAAUCGCUCGUGCUGCCCCUCCCUCCAUCUGUAUAGCUAACACACAUCUGCUGUACAACCCACGGCGAGGUGAUAUUAAGCUGACCCAGCUGGCAAUGCUGCUGGCAGAGAUUUCCAGUGUGGCCCAUCAGAAAGAUGGCAGCUUCUGUCCCAUCAUCAUGUGUGGUGACUUUAAUUCUGUUCCUGGUUCUCCACUCUAUAGUUUCAUAAAGGAAGGAAAACUGAAUUAUGAAGGACUUGCCAUUGGAAAGGUAUCUGGCCAGGAACAGUCUUCACGGGGACAAAGAAUCUUAUCUAUUCCAAUUUGGCCCCCAAACCUAGGCAUCUCACAGAGCUGCGUAUAUGAGCCACAGCAGGGUCCCAGAGUAGAGAAGACAGACAGCAAGCUGACGCAAGCCCAGCUGGAGAAGGCAGAGGUCCUCAAGCCAGCUGAAAAAGUGUCCUCGCACCUGCAGCACCACUUCAGCUUGUCGUCUGUGUAUUCACAUUACUCUCCUGACACUGGAGUUCCAGAGGUGACCACCUGCCACUCCCGGAGUGCCAUAACUGUGGACUAUAUUUUCUACUCUGCGGAAAAGGACGGUGCUGCUGGGGGCCGAGGAGCUGAAGUUGCUUUGGUUGGUGGCUUGAAACUUCUAGCUAGACUGUCACUUCUUACAGAACAAGACCUGUGGACUGUGAAUGGCCUUCCCAAUGAACACAACUCCUCAGAUCACCUGCCUUUACUGGCCAAGUUCAGGCUUGAGCUCUGACAGUAGCUGUUACUGUCUGUAUUUUCAAAGGCUGGAAAGAUAUUAAUGGUUUGCAUGCUGUUCAGUUUUGUGCUGUGAGGUUCUGAAUUUCUCUUAUAUGCUUGAAACAGAUCGGAAGAAACAAGUUUAUAACAGUUUUUUAAUGAAAUAUUUUUGUGAUAACUGAUGUCUAAACACUUUAUUGUAAAGAGGUAUAAAUGACUUCUAAGUCCUGGUAAAGUUGACAGCAUUUUUAAAAUGUGCUUCACUUCCUUGGUCCUGCAGAUAGGAAUUCAGUGCUUUUCCAUAUAUCUAGCGGUUUUGCCAGGACUUGUAAAGCUCAGGUUGUUGCCUUUUCUGGAGGCCUGAUUUCCCUAGGAGAAGCCUAUGCUAGCUGAGAGCUGACGGGUUCUUAGAAGUCUCUGGGUCACUCAUCUGCAAUGUUCACCCACAGUAGCUUCUGGAGAGGCUGGAAAAUGCUCUUGAGUUGUAGAGAGUACUUGGCCCACUUCCCUGCCAUCCUGAGUGAUGGGGUAUACCUACACUUUGUUAAGGAAAGAGUUGAGAAAAGAGAGCUAGGCUGUUAGCCACACAUGGUGGCACAUACCUAUAACCUUAGUACUUGGAAUGUGGAGGCAGGAAGAACAGCUCUUAAAAAAGAGGCAAUGUCCUCUAUGUAAGUCCACUCCUGCGCUGGACAGGGGUUGCCCCAAGGAAAGCAGAUGAGCCAUGUGUGACCACGAGCUCCAAUUAAUUCCAGCACCUGGGAGACAGAGGCAGGAGGAUCACUGUAUAUUCCAGGCUAGCCAGGGCUACACAGCAAGACCCUGUCUCAAAGACAGAGAAAAAGGAAACAGACCCCAAGUUAUACCUCUACCCCCCUGCACUUUCCUGUUUAGUGACAAGUAGAAAGCCCUUGGGUCAGGAGUGACAUUUUGUUGAGCCAAUUUUGUAUAAAUUAGAAAAAUGGUCUUUGGAAGGAAGUGGCAGCUCUACAGCUAUUUGCUGUUUGCCUCCAACACACAGAACCAGGGCAAGAGAGGUGUGGCUUAGACCUGGGAGCCCACACUCCACGCUCUUUGCACCAAUGAACUGUUGGCUGCAGUGCUGGGCGCCCUGGUACCGUGGUGCAGCGGUGCAACGUGGCACUGCCCUGUCCCUGAAGCUCACGGCCGCCAAGCCGUGCCAGCCCUGCACAAGAGUGGGGUAAAAGAACUUUAAAUGUAAGUAGAAAUUUCCUCUGCUUUUUAAGGUAGUAAAUCAGAUUUCAGGCAUUUUUACUAAGUCAUUACUGUGCAGUAAAUCACAAAUGUUUUCUACCGUGAGUUUUAUUAGUAGAGUUUAGACGUUAAGUUUUUGCAGUUUACAGUUUUAACUCAUUUAUGGCAAUUAUUUUACGCCUACUGGAUGACUGCCUCAAAAGGUAUGCAGAUGGUAAAGGUGUGCCCAGUGAAAACUGCAGUAAGCAAACUCUCUCACUUUGGCUUUUGUGAAGAGUGUUAACUGUAGUGCCAGGAUGCCCAGUUUUAAUAGUACUUUGUGGAGUGUAAAGGGUCCUGGGUAGAAGACAUAAUUGUCAUAUUUCAGUGGUAAGUGUCCCUAUUUAAUAUGGGGAGUUUUUGAGUGAACCCUAUAAACAUCAUUGCUGGCAAACUAACAUUCCUGAAAACCUCUGUAAAGUUUUUAUAUCCUGGUGAAUAUUUUGUGAAUUGAGGCCCAUUUCAUGUAUGCACUUUGAUACAGUUAAUGUGUAAAUUGCUGUUGGCUUAUCAAUAUUGUGGCCACAGGACACUUCUCACAAGCUUUUAAAGCUCCAAUAAAAUGAUCUAUUUUCUCUA